AUGGAGAGCAGCGGGUCUCUGAGGGAAAAAGGAGACUAUAGGGCUCAGGAGGACUCUAAGGCUAAAGAUCUAAUAGAUAUAAAAAUUGAGAUUAAAGCAGAAGAAGAAGAGACAGACCAUGAGAAAAGCAGCCACGAGAGCCUCAUUGUUCCAAGCGACCUCUGCUGCCAGAGUACGGAAUUCAUUGGUGUAAUUGAUAACGGUUCUCGUACUCUGUUUGAUGGACAUGAGGCUCUUGGCAACAGAAGUGGAGCAUGCAGGAACAUCAAAUACCCUUUUAAAGGAAGCCACAACCUUCGGGCAGACUGUAAAGUAGAAGAUGAGGACAUUACACAGUAUAGUCCAGGAGAAAACCCGACUACCUCAAAUGUCCAUCAGGCACCACGCACUGUAAAGGGACCAUCAUAUUCCUCUUAUCCUGAGGAACCUCAGACUGUGAGGGACGGUGCCGUCCUUCCAACAGAUGAAAGGUUUUCAUGUACUGAGAACUGGCAGAGUUUCCAUGUUAAAUCCGGUCUCAAUGUGCUUAAAAGGUCUCAUACAGGUGAGAAGUCACUGUCUUGUCCUGAGUGUGGGAAGUGUUUUUCAUUGAAGUCCAGUCUUAACAGACAUCAAAAAUUGCACACAGGUGAGAAACCGUUUUCCUGUCCUGAGUGCGGGAAAUGUUUUAUGCGAAAAUCACAUCUUGUCACACAUCAAAGGUCUCACACGGGGGAAAAGCCUUAUUCCUGUCUUGAGUGCGGGAAACGUUUUUCACAGAAGUCACAUCUUUACGGCCAUCAUAGAUUGCACACGGGGGAGAGGCCACUUUCCUGUUCUGAGUGCGGGAAAUGUUUUUCAGAGAAGUCCAAUCUUAUCAGACAUCAGAGAUUGCACACAGGUGAUAAGCCAUAUUUCUGUAUUGAGUGCGGGAAAUGUUUUAUACGAAAAUCAGUACUUGAGGCGCAUCAAAGAUCUCACACGGGGGAAAAGCCAUAUUCCUGUCCUGAGUGUGGGAAACGUUUUUCACAUAAGUCACAUCUUAACAGGCAUCAGAGACUGCACGCGGGGGAGAAGUCGUUUUGCUGUUCUGAGUGCGGAAAAAGUUUUGCACAAAAAUCAGAUCUUGUUACACAUCAGAGAUCUCACACGGGAGAGAAGCCGUAUUGCUGUCCUGAGUGCGGGAAAUGUUUUGCUGAUAUG